CUGGCACUUUGCUUCCCAGUCUGCCAGGCGGGCGGGGGCGAGGGGGAGCUUGGCCGCUGCCUCCUCCCCCUCGGAGCUCAACUCCUGCGCUUUGUGCGGAGUCUGCAGCCCGCCUGCCCGCCCAGUUCCCCACAGCGGCCAGCAUGUCUUCCAACUCCAGCCUCAGCACCCUGCAGCGCCUGGUGGAGCAGCUCAAGCUGGAGGCCGGCGUGGAAAGGAUCCGGGUCUCUCAAGCCGCUGCGGAGCUUCAGCAAUACUGCAUGCAGAAUGCCUGCAAAGACGCGUUGCUGGUUGGAGUGCCUGCAGGAAGCAAUCCAUUCCGGGAGCCCAGGUCCUGUGCAUUGCUCUGAAGACAGGCGAGGCUAACUUCUCUUCAAGCAUGGGAGGACUCCCAGCCUUUUUCCAACGGAUAUUUCUCUCUUGCCAUGCCCUUAUUUUCGUGUAACCCAAAUGGGAUCUUUAGAUAUUUCUUAGUAUGAUUCAUCAGUCUUAGUAACUGACAUUUUGCUAAUAACGCUAUAAAGCAUUUUGCAAGGAAAAUGCUUUGCUUUUGUAACGGACUCCGUUUUCUUUCUACACGUUUCUCUGAGAUGUUUACAUUUUAGAAAAAAAAAGUGAUUGGGAAAUCAAAAUGACUUGCUCUUUUGUUGUGCCUGAGUGAGAUGUACUGUAGUUAUCUUCCUGGUUUGUGUUUUCUAAAUAAGGACGCCCGCCGUGGUCAUGAUCCAGCUAAAGUGAAGGCUGCCAAUCCACACAAAUUUACUUAGGAGUAAGCCCCACAGAACUAAGCAGGAGUUGUUUCUGAAUAAAAUGACUAAGAUUGGGCUGCACAUCCAAUUGAUUUCAACAGGAAAUCCUGAAGCAUAUUUGUAACUCUUUUAAAAAUAAAUCAAGUGUUUGAUUUAAAAGUGCUAAAUUUUAGCUAGACUAUGCCCAGUAUUUGUAAGACGAUAGUGCCCAUCUAUUUCACAUGGAGAACAGUUUUUUAAAAAAAAAUAACAUUAUAAGGUUUUACUAUUCUUGAAAUCUGUGGGUGAUACUGUAUGUCUGUAAUACAAGUUUUCCACAGAAGCCCCAAUGUGUUUUUAUUUUUUAUUAUGAUUGGACCGAAACCUGGUUUUAAAGAGUUUAAGGUGUGUUUCGGUAAAUCAACACUACUCAAAACAAAUGUAAGCAGUUCCUACAGUAGAUUUUUCAAGGAGUAAAACGUUCUUGGAACUUCUAGAAACCUUUUUGGGUGGGUGCCUUUUGUUCUUUUGUUCUUUUUUCUUUUACCAAGCACUUUUACACAAACACUGUUUACUUUGGAAAAUGUUUUGUUUACACACCAUUGUUGGUAUUAAUAUAUUAGAGGCUUAAACAACAUUAAAAAUAUCUUCCCUAA